AAGUUUCUCAUUGCCAACGCCCAGAUGGAGAACUGCGCCAUCAUCUACUGCAACGACGGCUUCUGCGAGAUGUUCGGCUACUCCCGCAUGGAGGUGAUGCAGCAACCCUGCACCUGCGACUUCCUCACCGGUCCCGACACCACCAAGAGCUCCAUCGCGCAGCUCACCCAGGCCCUGCUCGGCUCCGAGGAGUGCAAGCUUGAGAUCCUCUACUACCGCAAAGACACCUCGUGUUUCCGCUGCCUGGUGGACGUGGUGCCGGUGAAGAACGAGGAUGGCGUCGUCAUCAUGUUCAUCCUCAACUUCGAGGACCUGGCACAGCUCAUCGCCAAGAGCGCCGGCCGGAGCCUGCACCGGCGCCUGUCGCAGAGCUGGCGUGGAGGUCAAGGUAGGAGUUUGAAGUUUAGUCUCCCGUCCCUGCGGCGACUCAAAAUCCAGCGGAAAUCUCUGCCCACCAGUGAGUUUGAUGGAGUAGCCAUUGACUAUGGAAAGCCUGGUGGUGACUCCCUGAUUUUGAGGGACUUGAAGACAUCGCCCAAGGAGAACUGUGUGCAGUCAGAGACCGAAUCCCUCCUGGAAAAGGAGCGGAGGCCAAGCCUGGAGGCCGACCCCACCCUACAACACUCGUCCCCGAAACAAGAGCCUCCCUUGCUGGGCCCACGAGGGUCAUACUCUGCGUGGGGUUUCUUUCGGUCUCGCCCUGGGGGCAGCUUCCACAGCCUCCGCAGGGUCUCCUCCUUGGACAACUUUGAGGCUGCGAGGUCUGAGUUCCAGAGAAAAUUCAGGGAAAGGAGGGCAAACUCAGAGGCUUCUCACGUCAAACCCAACCCCCCCAACUCCACUUCGGACUCAGACCUCAUGAAGUACCGGACCAUCAGCCAGAUCCCCCAGUUCACGCUCAACUUUGUGGAGUUCAACCUGGAGAAGCACCGCUCGGGCUCCACAACAGAGAUUGAGAUAAUUGCUCCCCACAAGGUGAUGGAGCGCACCCAGAACGUCACUGAGAAGGUCACACAGGUGCUGUCCCUGGGUGCCGACGUCCUUCCUGAAUACAAGCUGCAGGCACCACGCAUCCACCGAUGGACCAUCCUGCACUACAGUCCCUUCAAGGCUGUGUGGGACUGGCUCAUCCUUCUGCUGGUCAUCUACACAGCCGUCUUCACCCCCUACUCAGCCGCCUUCCUGCUCAAUGAGGAGCAGGUGGAGGAGAAGCACUGGGACUGCAGCUACUCCUGUGACCCACUCAACAUCAUUGACCUCAUCGUGGACAUCAUGUUCAUUGUGGACAUCGUCAUCAACUUCCGUACCACCUACGUCAACAUCAACGACGAGGUGGUGAGCCACCCUGGCAAGAUCGCCAUCCACUACUUCAAGGGAUGGUUCCUCAUCGACAUGGUCGCUGCCAUCCCCUUUGACCUGCUCAUCUUCCGUUCCGGCUCUGAUGAGACCACCACCCUCAUUGGCCUCCUGAAGACCGCCCGGUUGCUGCGCCUGGUCCGCGUGGCCCGCAAACUGGACCGCUACUCCGAGUAUGGAGCAGCCGUGCUUUUCCUGCUCAUGUGCACCUUCGCCCUCAUCGCCCACUGGCUGGCCUGCAUCUGGUACGCCAUUGGCAACGUGGAGCGGCCCUACAUGGAGCACAAGAUUGGCUGGCUGGACAACCUGGGUGACCAGAUCGGCAAGCGCUACAAUGACAGUGAUCUCUCCUCCGGGCCAUCCAUCAAGGAUAAAUACGUCACUGCCCUCUACUUCACCUUCAGCAGCCUCACCAGCGUGGGGUUCGGCAACGUCUCACCCAACACCAACUCUGAGAAAAUCUUCUCCAUCUGUGUCAUGCUUAUUGGCUCUCUGAUGUAUGCCAGCAUCUUCGGCAACGUCUCCGCCAUUAUCCAGCGCCUGUACUCGGGCACAGCCCGCUACCACACGCAGAUGCUGCGCGUUAAGGAGUUCAUCCGCUUCCACCAGAUCCCCAACCCCCUGCGCCAGCGCCUGGAGGAGUAUUUCCAGCACGCCUGGUCCUACACCAACGGCAUCGACAUGAAUGCGGUGCUGAAGGGUUUCCCUGACUGCCUGCAGGCCGACAUCUGCCUCCACCUCAACCGCACGCUGCUCCAGAACUGCAAGGCUUUCCGAGGAGCCAGCAAAGGCUGCCUGCGUGCCCUGGCCAUGAAGUUCAAGACGACCCACGCGCCACCUGGAGACACCCUGGUGCACUACGGAGAUGUCCUCACCACACUCUACUUCAUCUCCCGGGGCUCCAUCGAGAUUCUCCGGGAAGACAUUGUGGUGGCCAUCUUAGGAAAGAACGACAUCUUUGGGGAGCCCAUCAGCCUUUACGCCCGCCCAGGGAAGUCCAAUGCCGAUGUGAGAGCCCUGACCUAUUGCGACUUGCACAAGAUCCAGAGGGAGGACCUGCUGGAGGUCUUGGACAUGUACCCAGCCUUCUCUGACAACUUCUGGAGCAACUUAGAGAUCACCUUCAACUUGCGAGAUGUGAGUGCCAGGGCUGUCCCUGGGACCCCACCCAGCGAGGAGUAUGAAUGCCCCUACCGGCGGGCGCACCGACGCAAGCACUCCCUCUGCCAGCACAACAAGCCUGACCCAGACACAGGCAUCUCUGAUGGAGAGCAGUAUCAUACCUACUCAGAGCUCACCAACCCGCAGGACCCAUUGACUAAGGACCAGUGGGAUGACCUGGGCAGCAGCACCACUCCCUGCUCCCAGACCAGUGAUGACGAGGCCAAGACUGGCAGCCCUGCGAAAGCUGAGCCCUUCCCCCCAUCCAAAAAGGAUGACUUUGCUCUGCCCACGCUCAGCCUCAUCACCACCAACGCCAGCGGCACAGAGGUUGGCAAGCAGGCAGCGGAGAGCAGCCAGUCCUAUGCAGCCACCCCCCUGGACAUCCCCAACAUGUUCACCUUCUGGGAGGACCGAAGGCCAAACCACGACUCAGAGCCUCUGCAACACAUCUCCUUGGUACACAGCUCACGGGACAUCCCCCUGCAGAGUGACUACAGACCGGGGCAGAUCGAGUCCAGGCUGGAGCUCCUGCAGGCCCAGCUCAGCAGGCUGGAGUCCAGGAUGUCGUCAGACAUUAAUAUAAUCCUCCAGCUCCUGCAGCGCCAGCUGUCCCAAGUGCCGCCCGCAUACAGCCCCAUCUCGCCAUCCUCCCAGAACCUGGCCAUGUACGGCAUCCUCCCGCGGAGCCUGGAGCCUCUCACCCCCUGCGCACCCCAGGAGGCUGAGGAGGCAACAACCCCAGAGCAGAGCCCAAGCUACACGGAGGUAGAAAAGUUCCACUUGAAAUCCAGGGACUCCUUGUCAAGCGGAAUGCACUUCGCUGUGGCAUCUGACGAAACCAUGACGGUCUACUCCGAGCAGGAGCACCAUUCCCCACCUCUCCCGAACCCAGAGCCUCCCCACCAAAGGGUACCAAAUACCCAGGGACUCUUCCGGGGCUCUCGUUUCCCUUCCCUCCCUGAGCACUUGGAGGCAUCUUCUGAGCACCAGGACAUUCAGAGACACCUCUCCGACCCAGUGCUUCCUGGAAGUUAG